CUUGUGCUCUCUUGCUCAUGCUCUCUCUUAAAUAAAAAAAUAAAUAAAAUCUUAAAAAAAUAAAAAUAGGAAAAUAGAAAAUAUUCGAUCACCCCAUGCGUAGUAAAGGUAAAUAGAGCUGUGUGGAGCCUUUGUUUUACACAUAUAUGCUUAUACGUAUUUGUGUCCAGUGGUUUAUGGUGUCAAGUGGACUGCUUUUUGUGGGUUGUUUUCUGAAGUGUGGAAGCCGCUGGUUUGGUGGGCUGUGAGGCACUGCCGUAUUCCACAACCAGCAACAGUGAUCGCCCGUGAUAGGUGCUCACCAAAUGUCUGUAGGAGAAGGGAUGCAUGUCCAUCUGAGCGUCCACUCCUCCAGCUCCCUAGGUCUUUCUGCAGAGAGGGCAUCUUUAGAGCUCCUGGGCCUGGCUUCACACCCCCGGGCAGAUUCCAGUUUGUGUGUCUUUUUGGCUCAGACUCUGGCUUCCAGUGGCGUUUGGUCUGAUGCAGGGAGAGAGGGGCUGGCACGCUCAUUUAAAACAUGUCCAUUAAGAAGUACUUGGAGAUCAUGUUAUUAGCUUUUCAAGCAAACACAUUCUUCUGUUGAAUUUCCCACCACGGAACGCUCCUGGGCUUCCUUUGCUCACGUGACUGCCAUGGGUUUCCCCAUCUAGAGCUGUGCUGUUGAUAUUUUAGAUCAAGAGUGAAGCCCCUUACAUUUAUCCCUGUUAUGUUUCAUCUUCUCCCAUCCCGUUCAUUGCUCCAGCCUGUCAAGAGCUUUUGAGAUCCUCAUCCCGCUCCGUCAGCUUACAUAUGACUCAAGGAUCUCAUGAGCCUGGGCUCUAGGUGGUUGUCCAAGUCAUGGAGGAAUAAGCUGAAGAGUCUAGCCCUCUGACCUCAUGCUGUGAGCCUGCCUUCAGGAGGGAAGUGCUCUCCUGGUCAGCAAGCAUUAGACUGCUCUUCCCUCUGCCUAGGACAUUCCUCCUCUAACACCUGCAUGGCUGGCCCCCUCGCCUCCUCCCAGCCUGUACUCAAAUAUCACCUGUUCAGUGAGGUCUUCCAGACCACUCUGCUUCAAGUGUAACCUGUCUCCCAGUUCUGACAUUCCGUACCCCCUUCCUUGCUUUAGUUUUUGCCAUAGUGCUUAUUGCCAUACAACACGUAUAUCACUUAUUUAUUUUCUUCAUCCUCUCUGUCUCCCCAGUAGAGUACAGGCACUUCUAGGACAGGAGUGUUUGUGUAUGUGUGUAUGUGUGUGUGUCCCUUUAGUGUCUGGGCAGUACCUGGUAUGUAGUAGGCCCUCAACAAAUACUUGUUGAAUGAAUGAAUGAACGAAUGGCAUCAGUAAUUACACCCACCAAUUAGAGUAUUUUAAAUAAAUAGAGGUAUUUAUUUCUCACAUAACAAGUUUUCUGGAGGUUCAGUAUCUGCUGCUGGCAAAGGGGGUCCACAGGGAGAACUAGGCUUUAUCCACUUUGACUACCACUACUCCUUUGCAUGUUGGCGUGUAGCCUCAUGGCUCCAAAGUGGCUGCUGCACCCUCAGGCAUCUUAUCCAUGUUCCAGUCAGGAAGUUGGGAGAGAGGGAAGGCUUUUCCUCAGGAGGUUUUGUCCUUUUAUUUAGAACAGAGAGUUGUCCUAGCUGACUUCUCGAUACACUUUAUUACCAGAACAGUGACAUGUGCCUAUUCUUACACCAAUCACUAGCCAAGGGGGAUGAGAUCACCAGUCUUAACUCAUCCCUUGGGGUUGGUGCUCCUCCUGAGGUGUAAGGGUCUCCAUCUAUCAUAUAAGCCAGUUGGAGUUCGAUUAGCAAAGAAGAAAGGGGAGAGGGAAUGACCAUAUUGUGAGAGAGAUUGAACAUCUUUCAGAUUUGUUGCGCUGAUUUGCCUUUUCCUAAUCCAGAAGAAUUGCGGUUAGUCUGACCUGCAAAGAGCCGGCGUCAGGCCAUGGUGUCCACUGUGUCCUCUCCUAGAGCCUCUCUGGCCUCCCUUGACUAACCCUCUAGAACCCAGCUCAGCUGAGACUCUGGUAAUCCUUUCCACCAAAACUCUCCCCAUCUUCUCAGAACCUUGCUUCCCCCAAAGGAUCCCAUAGGGUAUGAUCACACGAAGACCCAUGUCCCAAGGUCUGUCCUUGUGAUCUGGUGAGAGUGUCACUGUGUCCCCUAUGGCAGCCGGGGCUCAGGCCUGAAUCUUCCCCUUCAUCCUCCUGUGUACUGUGAAGUCACUGAGGGUCCAGCUGUGUGGGGGAUGGUGGCUGGGUGGUUGUGUAGAAGGUGUAUCUAGAGUGACCACAGUUCUGGGCCAAGUCAGGGUGCUGAAUAACCUGGAAGGAUUUCCCCUCCAAACUCCAAGUAAUGGGAUGCCUGGAUGGCUUAGUCGGUUAAGCCUCUGCCUUCGGCUCAGGUCAUGAUCUCAGGGUCCUGGGAUUGAUUCCCACAUCGGGCUCCCUGCUCAGCAGGAUCCUGUGUCUCCUUCUGCCUGCCGCUCCCCCUGCUUGUGCUCUCUCUUUCUCCCUCUCUCUGACAAAUAAAUAAAUAAAAUCUUUAAAAACAAAAAAAACCUCCCAAACUCAAGUAACGGAUUCAAAGCAUUUACAUGGGGCCCCAGACCUUAGGACUGGAGAUCGGUCAUUCAUUCCUGGGGGUUCUUGGUCUUUCUCUGGGCUCUGGGGCUCCUGGGCACAGCUCUGGGGGGAGGAUGGGAAGAAAAGUAUUUCAGGAUGGGCAUCGUGGAUGCUGGCGCAGCCUGGCAUCAGCCAUCAGGUGGAAGACAGGAUCCACUGGGCAUUCUGUGAGUCUCUGAUUCACCAGCUCCCUGCUGUCCCCUUUACUGCCAUUUCAAUGCUGAUGCUCUCCCAGGCUCCUUGCCAUAUAUAUAUAUGGAUAUAUAUAUAUAUAUAUCCAUUCAUCUGUCAGUGGACACUUAGGUGUUUCCAUGUGUCAGCUAUUGUAAAUAAUGCUGCAAUGAACAUGGGGUGCAGUUACCUCUUCACGGUAGUGGUUUUAUUUUCUUUGGAUAAAUACCCACAAGUGGAAUUGCUAGAUCGUAUGGUAGUUCUGUUUUUAAUUUUUUGAGGAAUCUCCAUACUGUUUCCCGCACUGGCUGCACCAAUUUGCAUUCCCACCAGCAGCUCAUGAGGGAUCCCCCUCUCUCUACAUCCUCGCCAGCACCUGUUAGCUCUUGUCUCUUUGAUGCUAGCCAUUCUGACAGGUGUGAGAUGAUAGCUCCUUGUGGUUGUGAUUUGCAUUUCCCUGAUGAUGAGUGAUGGUGAGCAGCUUUUCAUGUCUCUGUUGGCCAUCUGGAUGUCUUCUCUGGAAAAGGGUCCAUGCUGGUCCUUUGCCCAUUUUAUAAUUGGAUUAUUUGUUCUUUUGCUAUUGAGUUGUAGGAGUUCCUUAUAUAUUUUGGAUAUUAACCCUUUAUCAAAUAUAUGGUUUGCAGUUUUUUUCUCCCAUUCUGAUAGGAGAGAUGCAAUCUAGGCUUGUCUGAAAACGCAGAGUUCAGAAGCCACAGGGUGGAGGACUUAGAAAUACUUAAGUUGAACCCGGAGCUGGUUGUCUGGCCCGUUUUAAAAUGUGGGUUCAUGCCUGAGUGGGGGGCACUAUAGAAAUGGGCCUCUCCCUGAGAGGGCAGUUUCAGGCACCCAAGGUGAAGGAAAUAUUUGAGGAGCAGUGACCUUUCGCUGUUCACCUUAUCAGAGCUGAUGUGGCCCAUGCUUCCCAAGCUUGGCUGCUUAUUAGGAUCCUGGAGAAACUUAAAAACAAUCUGGCUUCCUGGGUUGCAUCCUUAGAGAUUCCCUUCAGUGGGGCCUGGUGGGGGCCCAGGAACCUGUGUCUUCUAGAUCUCUUUUCUCCCAUGCUACCCCAGGUGAUUCUGAUGUGCAGCCAGUUUUGGGACCCCGACCCAGAGGUGGGGUGCCAACGGCUGUCUGUGCCCCAGGCAAGCAGCUGUUGCUGGGACCUGGCACCUCCAAGUUCUGUUCUCAGCCCAAGAGGCAAGUGGGCGGGCUUUGAGGAAGCUGCUCUGAGGCUGGGUCCUGAUGGUUCCAUCUGCCCGGUAGGGGGGACUGUGUUUGUGUGAAGCCUGCCUUUGGAGAAGGAAAACUUGGAAUGGUUGGCUGCAGUUAAACCAAAUUUCCUUAGCUUCCACACGAAGCUUCUGACUAUUGGUGCUGCGAGGAACACGCAUGGGGACCCCCACUCCGGACACGUGGAUGUCCCCGAUAGUCCUUCUGGUUCGGCGGCCGAAAACGAGGCAGGGCUUAAAAGAGACAAUUUCAAUAUUUAGUCCCUCUUCUGGCCACGUAUUUAUCAAAUAUGAAUCUUGGGACUCUGCAGCCACAUGCAUUUCCAGCUCGGCUGCAAGUGGUUCACAGCAGCGAGCGUUUCCAGCGCCUCACCCAGGGAGCAGAACAUUUCAGAGAGGCCGCGGCGGGAGGGGCAUCUGGGGAUUCAUUUAAAAUAAAAUCCUAUUCCCGUGUUCCCAUUACCACCUCGGAGGUUGCCGUGCACAUACAACCUCACGCCCCUCUUUUCUUUAAAAUAAUAGAAAAAAAGCCCCAUACUUCGCAGCAAAACUUUAACCCUCCCUUUAGAAAUCGGUCCAAAAGGUCAGAGCUAUGCUCCUGUACAUCAUUUCCUGGGCUCAGCUGGGAACUGAUUAAAGCAGUCAGCCCCGGCUUGUCAGCUUUGUCAGAGACAACUCUAUGAAUUCUUUGUUAUUCACUUUGCUGUGUAUUAUAAAUAUAUUUAUCUUCCUCUGUCAGGCGUCUGCGGGACAGGUGCUAGGGGGCUGGGAGUCCUGCUUAAGGGCUUCCAACAAUGUGUCCUCCCUGAGUGACAUUAGUGCAGCUGAUGGGGGCAAGGAUGAGGAGGUUCCGGACCCAGGGCUGCCGUAGGAUGGGGGCUGGCGACGCUGGUGGGGCUAGAGAGAACACCGGGCACAAAGCCUUGUGUGUAGAAGGUCCGCCCCCACCCCAUCUCGGGGUUGAUUUCCCAUGAUGCCCCUCUUGUAGCUCUGUGACACACACAUGGAUGUGAGGUGACGUUCAUGGGGACACUUACGCUUCCUCACUCACUUUGACUAAUUAAGGCAGAAGUUUUUGUUUGUUUGUUUUUUGUUUUCUCAUUCAAGGGUUAAUACCAUUCUGCCAGAAGUGAUCAGGAGAGGGGACAGUGGAUAGGGUGGCUCCCUUGAGGAGUGAGGAGGUCGGGUGGCAGCGUUUGGCCAUGGAGAUGUCAUUAUUUCUAUAGCGAUCCUUCGUCCCUGUAGGAUGUGGGAAAGCCAUAUAUGUUCUGAUUCAGUGCUAUUCGCACGUCUUCCAUCCCAGAUAUUCCCUCUAAAAUUUGUGAGGGAGAUGUUGGCUUCGUUUCUACGGAUGGGGAGUUGUAAGCAUUCAAGAGGUAAAAGGACUUUCCUACAGUCACGGGGUCUGGGAGGACUGGGGGUCUGGCUCAGGGUCUGGGCUUUCCCCAGACGUGUGGCGUGGGAGGAAGGGACAGAGCCUCGAGGUGCAGGAGCUCAUGCUGGAAGGCUCUCAGGGCCUCGUGGGAAAGGACGGGGCUGGGGCCCAGAGGGGUUUCACACUGGCUCAGUGACCUUGGGCGAGUCAUUUCCUCUUGCUGAGCUCUCUUCUCUGGGUGUUCAGGGAAUUGGACUGUGAUGGGGAUGUCCUCUCAGCUUAGAUACCACCCAUGUCUGGGAUGCCCUGAUUUCGACAGAGGUGGGCUCAGGCUCAGGCCCUGGAGGCUGUUAUGGCCCACGGUGAGUUCCUUGGACCAGGGAAGACUUGAAUUUCCUGUUUUAUUUAAUAGCAAAGGUUAAUAAAGGCAGAGGGAAUGAGAAGGGGACCGGGAUGGGGUGCACAGCUAUAGAGGCCCAAAGACUCCCAAACAGAGGAGCUAGCAGGAGCCUUGAUGCAGGAAUCAGCAUCUUCCUCCCCUCGGGGACCAGGCUCUGCCCCGGCCUGACAUAGGGAGAGGUGGCAGAGCCCAGGCCACCAACCAUGUCUGUCUCUGCAAGGGACCUGGGGCAUGGAAGAGGAGGCUCACUGAAGGGGGCAAGAGGAACCAACGAUUCACAAACUGCUGCGGAGAGCUUGCUGGCUGCUCUCAUUUUGCGAUUUGAAGCCCUACACUGAGGCUGUGCUGCUGAGAAAGAGACUGGUGUUUGUCAUGAACAUUCCAUGAAGUACUGUGGAACCAGCCUGUGGGAAGGGGCCGGGAGCUGCCAGAACAUUCCACAAAGUCCCGUGGAACCAGCGUGUGGGAAGGGGGUGGGAGCAGCCAGAACAUUCCACAAAGUACCGUGGAACCAGCGUGUGGGAAGGGGCUGGGAGCAGUCAGAACAUUCCACAAAGUACCGUGGAACCAGCAUGUGAGAAGGGGCCGGGAGCUGCCAGAACAUUCCACAAAGUACCCUGGAACCAGCAUGUGGGAAGGGGCCGGGAGCUGCCAGAACAUUCCAUAGACUACCAUGGAACCAGCGUGUGAGAAGGGGCCGGGAGCUGCCAGAACAUUCCACAAAGUACCCUGGAACCAGCCUGUGGGAAGGGGCCGGGAGCUGCCAGAACAUUCCACAAAGUACCGUGGAACCAGCGUGUGAGAAGGGGCCGGGAGCUGCCAGAACAUUCCAUAGACUACCAUGGAACCAGCGUGUGAGAAGGGGCCGGGAGCUGCCAGAACAUUCCAUAAAGUACCCUGGAACCAGCCUGUGGGAAGGGGCCGGGAGCUGCCAGAACAUUCCACAAAGUACCCUGGAACCAGCCUGUGGGAAGGGGCCGGGAGCUGCCAGAACAUUCCACAAAGUACCCUGGAACCAGCCUGUGGGAAGGGGCCGGGAGCUGCCAGAACAUUCCACAAAGUACCGUGGAACCAGCGUGUGGGAAGGGGCUGGGAGCAGUCAGAACAUUCCACAAUGUACCGUGGAACCAGCCAGAACAUUCCACAAAGUACCGUGGAACCAGAGUGUGGGAAGGGGCCAGGAGCUGCCAGAAUAUUCCACAAAGUACCGUGGAACCAGCAUGUGGGAAGGGGCCAGGAGCUGCCAGAACAUUCCACAAAGUCCCGUGGAACCAGCGUGUGGGAAGGGGCUGGGAGCGGUCAGAACUGGCAAAGGCAUGGGAGUUUCUGGCCAUGGAGGUGCAGAGUCCUGGCUGCUGGGUCCCUCCCAGGGCUGCUGUGAAAAGAUCCACAUACUGGGCAGAGAGGUGGUUCAGGGCCUCUGAGCACCCUUCCAACCAGGACUCUGGGAGUCCUUCCCAGCAUAUGGGAAGGGGCCGGGAGCUGCCAGAACAUUCCAUAGACUACCAUGGAACCAGCGUGUGAGAAGGGGCCGGGAGCUGCCAGAACAUUCCGCAAAGUACCCUGGAACCAGCCUGUGGGAAGGGGCCGGGAGCUGCCAGAACAUUCCACAAAGUACCCUGGAACCAGCCUGUGGGAAGGGUGGUUGACCCAAAUGCAGACAUAGGCAUUAAGACUCCUUGAUGCAUCAGCAUUUCCUUCCCUGACUACUGCCCCAGCGGCUUCCCCCAGGUGGGAAAAAGCAAGUCCUGGCUCAGGUGGUGGGGUCCACUCUGGGGCCCCAUCACCCUUUCCCACCACUUGCUUGGAAGAGCUGCAUUCACCAUGAAAGCAAGUCAUAGGGUCAAGGGCAAGAGUGGAAACAGGAGGACCGUGAGGAGGCUAUUGCCAGGCGCUUCCUGCAGAACCCGGUGUGAAGUGGCUCUCUGACCUGGGGGAGCCAAAGAGAGCAGGAAGUUCUUUGAAUCACGCCAUGAGUUGGAGCUGGUUUCUUUCAUGAGCAUUUCAUCAUGCCAAGGAGAACCUGCCUGACUCUGCCCAUGAGCCCAUCCACUAAAGAGCUUUUAUCGAUCACCUGGUCAGCUCCAAGGCCCGGGAUGGCACUCUCCGCGACAGAGCUCAUUAUCUUCUCCCUCCUGCAAACUGCCCUGUCCCUGAACCCCGAGGACCCCAACGUGUGCAGCCACUGGGAGAGCUAUGCCGUGACCGUCCAGGAAUCAUACGCACACCCCUUCGACCAGAUCUACUACACGCGAUGCACGGACAUCCUCAACUGGUUCAAGUGCACCCGACACCGGAUCAGCUAUAAGACGGCGUAUCGGCGUGGCCUCCGGACCAUGUAUCGGCGCAGGUCCCAGUGCUGCCCUGGCUACUACGAGAAUGGGGACUUCUGCAUACCCCUGUGUACGGAGGAGUGUGUGCAUGGCCGCUGUGUUUCCCCGGACACCUGCCACUGUGAGCCCGGCUGGGGAGGGCCCGACUGUUCCAGCGGCUGUGACGGCGACCACUGGGGCCCGCACUGCAGCAACCGAUGCCAGUGCCAGAAUGGAGCCCUGUGCAACCCCAUCACGGGCGCCUGCGUGUGUGCCGCCGGCUUCCGCGGCUGGCGCUGCGAGGAGCUCUGCGCGCCCGGCACCCACGGCAAGGGCUGCCAGCUGCCGUGCCAGUGCCGCCACGGAGCCAGCUGCGACCCCCGCACCGGCCAGUGCCUCUGCGCCCCCGGCUACACGGGAGUCUACUGUGAGGAGCUGUGCCCCCCUGGGAGUCAUGGGGCUCACUGUGAGCUGCGCUGUCCCUGCCAGAAUGGGGGCUCCUGCCACCACAUCACAGGAGAGUGUGCCUGCCCCCCAGGCUGGACGGGAGCAGUGUGUGCCCAGCCCUGCCCACCCGGGACGUUCGGCCAGAACUGCAGCCAGGACUGUCCUUGCCACCACGGAGGGCAGUGUGAUCAUGUGACCGGGCAGUGCCACUGCACAGCUGGCUACAUGGGGGACAGGUGCCAAGAGGAAUGCCCCUUCGGGACCUUCGGCUUCCAGUGCUCACAGCGCUGUGACUGCCACAACGGGGGUCAGUGCUCACCCACCACCGGAGCCUGCGAGUGUGAGCCUGGCUACAAGGGCCUGCGAUGCCAGGAGCGGCUGUGCCCCGAGGGACUGCACGGCCCCGGCUGCACCUUGCCUUGCCCCUGUCAUGCCGACAACACCAUCAGCUGCCACCCAGUCACUGGGGUGUGCACCUGCCAGCCAGGCUGGUCUGGCCACGACUGCAACGAGUCCUGCCCUGCUGGCUCCUACGGCAAUGGCUGCCAGCUGCCUUGCACCUGUCAGAACGGCGCUGACUGCCACAGCAUCACUGGGAGCUGCACGUGUGCACCGGGCUUCAUGGGAGAGGUCUGUGCGGUUCCAUGUGCCGCAGGAACCUAUGGCCCCAACUGCUCGUCUGUCUGUAGCUGUACCAACCGUGGCAUCUGUUCCCCCGUGGAUGGCUCCUGCACCUGCAAGGAAGGGUGGCAAGGCCUGGACUGCACCCUGCCGUGUCCCAGCGGGACGUGGGGCCUGAACUGUAAUGAGAGCUGCACCUGCGCCAACGGGGCAGCCUGCAGCCCCGCAGAUGGCUCCUGCUCGUGCACCGCUGGCUGGCUCGGAGACACCUGCGAACUGCCCUGCCCAGAUGGCACAUUUGGGCUGAACUGCAGUGAGCGCUGUGACUGCAGCCACGCAGAUGGCUGCGAUCCUGUCACGGGCCACUGCUGCUGUCUCGCCGGAUGGACAGGCAUCCGCUGUGACAGCAUGUGUCCGCCUGGUCGCUGGGGUCCCAACUGCUCCGUCUCCUGCAGCUGCGAGAACGGCGGGUCCUGCUCCCCAGAGGAUGGGAGCUGCGAGUGUGCCCCUGGCUUCCGAGGAACCUUAUGCCAGAGAAUCUGCCCCCCCGGGUUCUAUGGCCACGGCUGCGCCCAGCCGUGUCCCCUCUGCGUGCACAGCGGUGGGCCGUGCCACCACAUCAGCGGCAUCUGUGAGUGCCUCCCAGGAUUCUCCGGAGCCCUCUGCAACCAAGUGUGUGCUGGAGGGCACUUUGGGCAGGACUGUGCCCAGCUCUGCUCCUGUGCCAACAAUGGGACCUGCAGCCCCAUCGAUGGCUCCUGCCAGUGCUUCCCUGGAUGGAUUGGCAAGGACUGCUCACAGGCUUGCCCACCAGGGUUCUGGGGCCCCGCCUGCUUCCACACAUGUAGCUGCCACAAUGGGGGCAGCUGCAGCGCUGAGGAUGGAGCCUGCCACUGCACCCCUGGCUGGACUGGACUCUUCUGCACGCAGCGCUGCCCUGCAGCGUUUUACGGGAAGGACUGUGGGCGCGUGUGCCAGUGUCAGAACGGCGCCAGCUGUGACCACAUCAGCGGCAAGUGCACCUGCCGCACGGGCUUCACCGGGCGACACUGUGAGCAGAGAUGUGCCCCAGGAACCUUUGGCUAUGGGUGUCAGCAGCUGUGCGAAUGCAUGAACAAUGCCACCUGUGACCACGUCACUGGCACCUGUUAUUGCAGCUCUGGAUUCAAAGGAAUCCGGUGUGACCAAGCUGCCCUCAUGAUGGAGGAGCUGAAUCCCUACACCAAGAUCAGCCCAGCGCUGGGUGCAGAGCGGCACUCUGUGGGUGCUGUCACAGGCAUCGUCCUCCUGUUGUUCCUCAUUGUGGUGCUGCUGGGCCUGUUUGCUUGGCGCCGGCGGCGACAGAAAGAGAAAGGCCGUGACCUGGCUCCCCGUGUCUCCUAUACACCUGCCAUGAGGAUAACCAGCACAGACUACUCGCUCUCAGAUUUGUCUCAAAGUAGCAGCCAUGCACAGUGCUUUUCCAAUUCCAGCUACCACGCACUGGCGUGCGGGGGGCCUGCCACCAGCCAGGCCAGCACUCUGGACAGGAACAGCCCCACCAAGCUCAGUAACAAGUCCCUUGACAGAGACACAACAGGCUGGACCCCCUACAGCUUUGUGAACGUGUUAGACUCCCAUUUCCAGAUCAGUGCCCUGGAGGCCAGGUACCCGCCCGAGGACUUCUACAUUGAACUUAGACACCUCAGCCGCCCCGCUGAGCCACACUCACCAGGUGCUUGUGGAAUGGAUAGACGUCAGAACACAUACAUUAUGGACAAAGGCUUCAAAGAUUACAUGAAAGAAUCCGUGUGCAGUUCUAGCACUUGUUCCUUGAAUAGCAGUGAAAACCCUUACGCCACAAUUAAGGACCCACCCAUUCUCACCUGCAAGCUUCCAGAAAGCAGCUAUGUAGAAAUGAAGUCGCCUAUACACAGGGGGUCUCCGUACACAGAUAUGCCAUCCUUGUCGACAUCUAAUAAAAAUAUAUAUGAAGUUGAGCCCACAAUCAGUAUGGUCCAAGAAGGCCUCGGUCAUAACUCCAGCUAUAUUCAGAAUCCAUACGACCUACCUAGGAACAGCCAUAUUCCUGGUCAUUAUGACCUCCUCCCAGUAAGACAAAGCCCUGCCAAUGGGCCCUCCCAGGACAAGCAGUCUUAAGAGAGAGAAGCCUCUCUCUUGCAAUGUGCUCUGCUGAAUAUUCUGACUCUGAAAGAAGACAAUCCCUUGACUUGAAAUAAUGAUACAGACUGACUCCAGCUGCGUGUUAGUCAUUACUUUCACCUGGAACUAAAGAAGAGCUUCCAAGUGGGACUGGGGUAAUUGUUCAAACGGUCUGUUUACAAAGGCAAAUCCUAUCACUUACCUAUACCCAACCCCAAAUGCCCAGGAUUACAUGAUCUUUUAAAACACUUAAGAUCCUGCUACUCAUCAACAUCAGCUAAAUAUAUGUAUUGAGAUACAUAAUUCUCUGAAACGUGAUGCUUAGAAAGCAUAUAGCAUAGGUUUCACAAACCUUCCUGGGGGAAAAGGGAACUGGGGAGGGGGGAAAGGAUUCAAGAUCCUGAAAUGUAUGUGCUUUUGAUUGCUGUUACCCUCAACAUCUGUUUUAUUACCUAAGAUAAAUAGCACACAGACACAAACUGUGCUAAUCUGUUAUUAAUCCUAAAGUACUUGUACAUCUAUGUCUGACCUGUCAAAUCACAACAGCCAAGAUUAUAGUAUACAGUCUAAUACUGACAACUUCAAUUUUUUAAAAAUAAGACUUUUAAUAAAUACAAAUUAACUUUCCCUCUUCUGCCCUUCGUGGUAGUAGGAGUUUUCAAAGCGCAGCAGCCUCUUUCAGUCUAUAAUGAUUUCUAGGCCAGCUUUACCAAAUCUUGCUGAUUCAAAGUUUGAGAACAUUGCCAAGUCAUUCCUAGCCUGGUCAUAGCUCCUCAAUCCAUCCAACACCUGAGUCAUUCCAUGUGAAACAGAACUCUGAGAUGAUGCCUUUAAGCAAGCAGUCACAGACUGGUAAGAACAAAGUAUCCCUAAAGGCCUCCCGAAUUUAUUUGAUUGGCAUCCCUUGGCUCAGAAGAGUACUUGCUUUCAUGCAUUUCUUCAUAAAUCUUGAGCUUGAUGUAGUAUAGAACCUAAAAGUGUAGAAGAAAUUAGAUAAAAGUGGAUAUAGCAAGUUUAAUAAGCUGCUUAAAUUACAUGAUGCUUUUUGAUGAAACUAAAUGAAAAGAAUGGACUGUAAUCAGCUGCUGUAACAUGAUGUAAAACUUUACAGUAAACAGAAAGUAAGGAUAUGAAGUACUUCUACCUUAAAACCACCACCUACUGAAAUGGUCAAAAACAUAUUACAAUGAGCUAAUGCUUCAGAUCCCAGUAUUUAGACAUGUCUGUACCUUCCACUACUAACCAGGUAAACUGGGGCUCAGUUUGAGUCAAACUGGAGCCAACUCCCAAGCCCUAAAAAAGAGGACCUCCUCACAAGAAUUAAAGACCAGAAGGGCAAACCGAGGAAACUAAUGGCCACCCCUAUACCACUCCAUUCUCUGGUAACAGCCAGACAGUAAAAAAUACUUCCAAAAAGGUAAACAGAAGAGGAACUAAAUGACCGCAGAGAUGGAAUAGCAGCUACAGGAAGUGUGGGAGUCCUGAAGCCCUUGAUACAACCUGGAAGUCUGCCAUGGAACCCAUUAGUUGGGGCAAUGACCAGCAAAAGCAAGAAAAUAAGUAAAUCCCCCUCCCUCACUUCACUCACGGCUUAAGCAAAUUUUAUUGUUAGGGGAAAACAUAGAAUACUUACAUGAAUGCUGCAUGUGUGCAUGGGAGCAAGUGAUCAGCAAUAGCAAAUUUCCUUUCCACAAAAGCCUUAUGAAAUAUAAAUAAUAGAAAAUUCCUUUGUAGACCAAGUAAAUAUUUCUCAUACAGAUGUAGAAAGAAAUAGAGAUAAGAGACUUACCUCAGUAUUUCACGGCAGCAAGUGCUCAAUUAUCUUUGUAAAGCAAGGAUCAAGAAGCAUGGCGAAGUCACAUCAGCCAGGAGAAACUUCAUCUCCAUCCCAGGCUUUAUCUUCUUCCCCUACCCUGCAUGUGCAGUAACUGCUGCCUGGCAUACUGCAAACAAGCAGCAUCAUGCCAGUUUCAAGUGUCGCCUCUUGUUUGCCAACUAUCUUAUGGGCAAAAUUCAGCAAGAGGGAGCAUGGUGGAACUGCUAAAGCAUGGGGUUAAGAGAUUUGAGUGUUACUUGCCCUCUCUGGGCUCCUUUCUUCCUCACGUAUUAAAAAGGGGAGAAGGAGAGAGAGGGAAGAAGCUCUAACAACCCUCUGGCUCUAUCUAGCAUUCUAUGACUGUUAAAGAAAUGUAAUACAAUUCAAAUUAGGCAAUACAGAGAAGGGAAAGGCAGAGGGUGUGAUUCAUCUCUGGUGACAACAGCUGCCUUCACAGAUCUAAGAGUUACUGGUAAAAGACAUUUCAAUCUUACAGAGCAACUGUUGGGAACUUCUGUCUAGCACUGUCACACAUAGGUUCACGGUCAACCUAAAUAUGUGCACUGUGCAUUUUGUUGGCAACUUGGAAAGAUCUGUUUAUUUUACAGAAACCAGUUUUCACUCAAAGUAAUUUGCAUUCAAUUCAAAUGAAUAAAGAAAACACUAUUAUUGUACAAUAGCAUAAGUGAGACUAUGAAAUGGCAAUACUUUUUUAAAUAACCCAGAUUUGUAAUAUAUUUGUUCACUGUGCAAAGGGACUGUACCUUGUACAAAAUAAAAGGAAUUUCUCAAACUAAUUUAACAAGAAUGCCUACUGUUGUGUUGCACAUUGAAAAUGUGUCUAUAAUCUACAACUUAGGUUUAAAAGGUAGACUAAACUACAUUUUGUGUGGUCACUUUAGGCAGCCAGAAGUGAAAAUUAUCCCAAUAGAUACUUGAAAAUAAAGUGAACAAGGUCUAUCAUAUUUAUAACAAGAGUCUCUUCCUUUAAUGAAUGGGAUCUACAUAUUCAUGUCUAAAAAUUACUGAGAAAUCUCAUACACAUCAAAUGUUCAAAUAGAGAAUUUCUCUGCUUUCACAAAGAUUUAAAC